UGAUUUUGCAUUUCCGGGUAGGGGAACUGUUUUGUUUACUAACAGUUCUCCUCCCUGUUAGCUCGGGCACACUGCUUUGGAUGGCUGUGCACAGCAUCCAAAGCAGUGUGUUUACAGUGAAGCACACUGACAUGGCCCCCUAUGUAAAACACUCCCAGCACACAGUUAACCCUUUGAUCACCCCUCAUGUGAACUCCUUCCUGCCCAGUGCCUUUAGUACAGUGGCAGUGCUUUUUUUUUUAGCACUGAUCACUGUAUUGGUGUCACUGGGGAUGUCAGUGACACCAAGUCAGUUCUCCCCAGUGUCAGAAUGUCACACAGCCCUGCUAUAA